AUGAUGAAAUACAAGGAUAUUGUACCAAUUGGUACUGUUUUAAUCAUAGCCGCCACAUCAUUUGGUCUUGGUGCAAUCUACGGAAACUGGCCAUAUGAUAUCAACACAUUAUGGCGCGCCACUGACCCCAACGCAUUCAGUAAGUCGCUACUUUACAAACCUGAUGAAGAUGCUAAAUAUUUCGAGUAUGGGUCAUUGGGGUUAUUCAUGAUUGCAAUCGUUAUAUACUUGACCAAUUUGAGAACUGGGAUCAAUGCUGCCGUCACUGGUGAAUGGGGCGAAGUCGAUUCAGCCACUGGGAUUAACGUGAUUGCAGCUUCGCAAGUUAUGAUAAUCUUGGUUCUUGUUGGGGUUUUGGUUUUGCAAGGUGGGUUGUAUUAUGCCCAAUGGUAUGAUGAGCAAUUGAAGAAGGAGUUUUAUGAAAAUGAAGCUAGAGAAGCUGCAUUGGCUGCUGAACGUCAAGCUAAGCAAGAAGAGGAUAUUAUUGCCGGUGAUCAAGGUGCAAAUGUUGAAGUAAUUGCCGACAAGGACGGAACUGCUAUUGACACCAAGGGUAAAAAGAAGAAGACCACUGUCAAGAAGAGGAAGUCAUAA